AUCAAUCUUUGUUCUUGUUCGUUUCUGUCUUUUUUGGACUUCAGAUCGUCCUUCGCCUUGUGUUUGGAUCUGCUGCGGGUAGAAGAUGAGUGGGAUGACGAGCUUCCGAUUUCUGAUUGUUUUACCCGUUGUUCUUCGGCGAUCGAAUGGAACUUUAAUGUUUAGCUUUCUAAUUCUUUCAUCGAGAGGAUUGCAGGAAGAUUGAGUUUCUAUGGAUGUGCCCUUCUGCUGGUCUGGGUAUAUUUAUAGAUUCUCGUGUUGCAAAAGUGAUGUUAUAUAUGCUUAUAAAAAAAUCGGAAUUCUCCACGGAUGUCGAAUUUUCCUUUUUUUCUCGAAAUAAAUGAGAGUGGUACAUACUUGUCUGUGAAAAUCCUUUUUUUGGCUUUUAAAUAGAACUGGUCUUGUGCAGUCGUCGCAUGUACCUGCUUUUGAAAAUUUCAGUUCGCCAGUGCCACGAUUGGAAUUGUUCGGAUGUCUUAAAUUAAACAGAUGUUCUUAACUUUGAAUUUUUUUAUGAAUUUGGUAAGUAGGCAUGGAUUCAAACAUGCCGAUCAACUCAUUUUAAGAUUUAGCAAUUUCAUUGCCAAAUUUCUUUAUCAUAGUGCAUGUUUCAUAGGCUCGCAAUUUUGGGCCAGUUAGGGGAAAAUCAAGUAGUUUUUCACCUUAAUUCCUUUGCUUUCUGCAGGACAGUUUAGUUUUAAUAAGUUUAAUCUCCUCCAUGAACUCUUUUCAAAUGAACUUCCAGGGUGUACACUGAGUCUGAUAUAUAAUUCAUGAUCCAUCUUGUGGUUCUCUUUACAUUUUUUUUAUCGCAGAAACACACUGCUAAUGUUGCUUGUGGCACAUUUCAGAUUGUUUUAAAUCACAAUCGGGACAAUUACCUGUUACUCUGAAAGUUCAUGGAUUCAUUAAUAUUAUUGAAUUGGUAGUAUAUAAAUUCUUCGUUGAUAGUAUUAUCACGUGUUCUUUUUCAUUAGUGCCAUAUCAGUGUGACGCUAGAGCACUAUAUCAGCAACUAACCCGACUUUGAAACAUGAUUUUAGCAACUCUCUCAUUUUCAGACUUGAUAUAAGGAUUCUGGAUAUUAGCCAAACUUUUCACCAAUGAGUUUAGAAGCAGCAGAGAGGGAUAUUAUUUCUGUAACCCCUGAGAUAUCAAGGCCUAAAAGUUCAGUGGGAAGAAACCUGACAGGGAAAAAGGAAGGUUCAUCUGAGGAAAAGCCAGUUCCUCAUUACCUAAGAGCUUCCACAAAUUCUUGCCAUGAUUUGUGCAAGUAUGGAAUAAAGCAUGAUGUCGAGGUUAAGAAAAGGCGACCUAUUCGCAAAAAAAAAUUAGCCAAUAAAGACAACCCUAUUGGUGAAAAAGAUGAAGGCACCGUUGCUAACAAACUAGAGAGAGGAAAGAAAGAUUAUUCAGAUUUGCCACCUGAGAAGCCAGAAAAUGAUAUGCCACCUGAGAAGAUAAUUCAGAUUUCUGAUCUUCCAACUGAAAAGAUAAUUCAGCUUUUUGACUCGACUACAAAUCCAGAAGAAGUUUCAGUUCAAGGUUCCAUGGAUUGGGAGUUCGAUUUUCCCUCAAGUGCUAAGAUGACUGAUUCACUUGUUAAGCAUGCACCUCCGAAUCAAGAUGACGGAUCAUCAGAGGAAACAACAUGCAUCGAACUAAUGACGCCAUCAUCCGUUUCACCAAGCAAUGCUUCUGAUUUGCAUGAGUCAAAUUAUCUGUCAGAAGGAUUAGGAUUACCUGUGAAGCCCAUAAGCAUCAAUCUAGAUCAGAAAGCAGUGGAGAAUGUCAUUGCCUUUAGCGAGAUUGGACCUACAGAAGGAUCAUCAACUGAACCUGUCGUGGUAAAACUCAUGGUUUCAUCAUCAACUGAACACAUCAAUGCUUCGGUCACUCAUACAUCUUCCAUUCUUCUAGAAGAGAUCCACCAUACAUCUUCCAAUCUUCUAGAAGGGAUCUCUGAAGAGCUGAAUGCCACAUUUCCUGUACAGGAACACACUGCUUCUAGUGAGCAUAUCACUUUAAGCGAACUGGACGCAUCGCCUGUUGAAGUCUCAAGCGUGAAGCCUAAGAAUCACAAAAAUGCAAUAUCAGCCAGGAAGGAACUUGCCAAUGGUGGUAUACCACGCAAGACAACAACACUAUACGGUGCAAAUAAAAGGGGACAAAAGGUAGGUCCUCUAGUAGCCAAAGCAAAAGGAGAUAUAACUGAACUCAAAAGUGCAGAUGAAAAUAUUGGCGCCCACGGAAGAACCAAAAUCAUUCGACCUGCAAAGGUCAUGGUAUCUGGGAUUUCAAAUACAAAGGAAAAGAAUUCGUUAAGUGUAAUAAGCAAAUCGGUAAUUUCUAGUAAGACAGAGACUAAACAGAUGAAUAACAACCUUGUUGCUGAGACAACCAGGACAGUCAAGAAAAGAGCUUUAUCAGCUGGUAAGACUGCUAAUGAAUCUUCUGAGCCAGCCAACCCCGUGAAAGCCAGGGAUCUCUUACUUAAAGCUAUGUCUCAAUCAACUUCUUCAGAAAAUCUGAAUCAAUUACAGAGUGAUAAGAUAAGCAAGGUUUCAAGCCAUUCAGGUAGAGAAGUGAACAAAGUACUGGGGCAAUCCUUGAGUUCUCUAUCUGUGCGAUCCCUUACUAGAAAAGUUUCAACAAGAAAGUUAUGUAAAAACAGGAAUAUAACCCCCAUCCCUCUGGUGAAAAUUGAAAACAGAGCUGGGAAACUGGGACCAAAGAAAGAAAGUGGUGAAUGUAGUGGGCCAAAACAAGAGAACAUAAAUCUCAGGUCUCUGAAGCAAAAUGUUAGAAAGCAUGUGGAAGUGAAUAAAUCUGUUGGGAAAGAGGGUAACAUUGGUUCUAAAUCUCUUGGAGUGAAUGAACCUGAUAUGAGACAAGCAGUAGCACAAGGAAGCUCCAUUGUUAUAUCGAAGGAUAAAAUUGGUAAACCACAUAGAAGAACCGCAAGCAUCCAGUCAGAUAAAUUAUCUACACCUCUCAAGUUGAAAUUCAGCAGAGGUAAGGUAGUCAACCUGCAAUCUGAGAACAAGGCACCAAGAAUACUGAAAUUCAGACAGGCUAAAAUAGCAAGUGACAAACAAAAUGCUAAAGGUGACGUUGAUACAAAAUUUACUGUUAUCUCCAAGAGUCAGAUUGACAGACCACAUAGAAGAACCGCAAGUGUCCACUUGGAAGAUAAAUUUUCCACCCCUCAGAAGUUGAAAUUCAGAAGAGGUAAGGUCACUAGCCUGCAACCUGAGAACAAUGUGCCAAGAAUUCUCAGAUUCAGACGUUGUAAAUUGGCAAGUGACAACCAAAACGAUGAAGGAGAUUUCCAUACAAAGUUUCUUAGGAGUGGUCGAAGUGUUCCAAACUCCAAUGCUUCCCUUGCAAAAGCACUUCUAGUCGUUCUGAAGCACCAAGAUGUGCAGAAAAAGAAAGACACACAACGUUUGUUGAAUCAGGUGAUUGAGGAAACUGCUAGUAAACUUGUUGUGACAAGGAAGAGCAAGGUGAAGGCCCUGGUUGGUGCUUUUGAAACUGUUAUCUCACUUCACGAAGGCAAAGUGUCUCCUCCUCGAGUUCCACCAACUCUUUCUGAUGCUUCAUUUCCACGAUUGCGUGCGUCAUAAUAUUCUCUUCUUUGCCAUUGAAUCUGCAUGAGAUUGGAUUGCAUACUAAUAUGCUCUGAAGGUGUUCUCUCAGGCAACAGUAAUAAAAUUAGAAUCAGAAUAAAAGGCUAACAGGUUUUGCUUGUGUUUGUUUUAGUCCUGCUGUAUAUUUCAAAUAAGUUUUGCUACUCGUUUUUCUAUUUUGUUUGUACCUUGACUUUUCUCGUUCCACACUUGUCUAAGCUUAGUGGAUAAUCAAAACACCUGUCAGACAGUAAUAAAUAAAUUUGCUUUUCAUUUU